CUCUUUCGGUCCUUACCAACACCAGGCGAUGUCUCUGGGUUUUACAUGUGAAAGAGGUCAACUCUCGGGGAGGGAAACUUCCCUCCCUCUUUUGACACCAUCUGACCUUCUUUGAAGUGCGUCUGGUUGCGUUCACAACAUAAUCAAUACCUUUUUACACAUUUUUCUUAUUUGAUUUUGCUUUGUUCAUGCAAUACAUUGUACUCUUUAUUUUUUUCUGUGCUAUUAUAGCUAUAAAAAACAAAUGAAGCAGUGGUGCGUUGUACGGUUCAGUAGUGGUGGCACAGAAAUAGUGCCCCAUACAUGGAUCAAAGGGGAGACCGUUUUAUGGCCCCCUUAUCCCCCUAAGGAAUCAGCCAAGGUCCGUGCUGCAGUCAAGCGGAGGGAUGAGCCUACUGAAGGGUGGCACACUUACGAGCCAGUCAGGCUCCUCAUAAGCCGUGAUACUUUUAAGGAAGCACAGAGGAGCAUGCACAGAUAUCUGCAGGAACUCUGUGACACGACAGAUAUUCAGUCGGAGGAAGAAGCUCAGUGCAACCUGAAAAGAAAAACAAGGCCAAAUCCCAUCUACAAUAACUCAGACUCUGAGGACAACAUUGAGCAACCAAAAAAAACCAAAUAUCCCCAGGCUCCUAAAGUUUUAUUUCUAGCUUCUACCACUCUGCAGUCUGCCCCCCAUCCCUCAACCAGCCUCCAACCGAUUAAUGACCCCGCUCAUGCCCCAACCAGCUGGCAGUUGCCUCCACAGCUCGAGUCCUAUACCAGUGCCCACCUUUCACCCUUCCCACAUGAUGACUUCCAAAAUGACCUGCCUCCAAGAUCAUAUGCAAGUCUACAACCUUCCCAGCAACUCCAGGAGUGUGUAGGAUUCCCGGCCCUGCACUCAAUCCCUUUCAGGGAUUAUCUCCAGAAGAUACCACGGAUUCUGCAAGGCAACUAUUGAAAGAUUUGCCUGUUCACGCUAUGGAGGAGCUGGACCGUGCAGAGGCAACACUCCAGUCCCAGGAGGCCAAGAAAACAGUGGUGUCACACUUCGCUAUAAUCGGAGGGACCACACUGGAGGUGCGAGUCCGUCGCAUGCUAAGCUAUGCUCUGACCAAUGAGCUGGCAU